GCGGCGGCCACACAAAUGGCAGCGGUAAAUGCCAGCAAUGCCUUUGCAAAUCUCACCGGUCUCAGCGCUGCGGCCCUACGCAAUGUGAGUGCCGCCCAGACAACGGCCGUGGCCGCUGUGGCAAGCACUGUGGCAACCAUACAGCAUCGCCUCAUGAUCGGCAAUCGACAGAGCUUGCCGCCGGCGGGACCACCGAGCGAGGGAUCCAACGAGGAUGGCGGAUUUCCUGGAGAUGGCGAUGACGACAGCAGUGCUGCAAAGCGUCGUAGGUCGCGAACAAACUUCAAUUCGUGGCAGCUGGAGGAACUGGAACGAGCAUUCUCGGCCAGCCAUUAUCCGGAUAUAUUCAUGCGUGAGGCGUUGGCCAUGCGACUGGAUCUGAAGGAGUCGCGAGUUGCGGUAUGGUUCCAGAAUCGACGUGCCAAGGUGCGUAAGCGUGAGCACACCAAAAAGGGUCCCGGUCGACCGGCCCACAAUGCCCAGCCGCAGACGUGCAGCGGCGAACCGAUUCCUCCCAACGAGCUCAAGGCCAAGGAGCGAGCGAGAAGGCGCAAGAAGUUGGCCAAGGCGAUCGACAGGCAGGCGCGUAAGUUGCAGGCCAAGGGAAUCACCGUUGACCUGGAGGCGCUGAAGGCCGAAUACAUAUCACAGCAUAAGGCGAACGGCACGUUCUCCGACUCCGAUCUGGAGGAUGAUGGCAUACAGAUCGAUGUGGUUGGCGGCACCGACAGCGACGAUGAGCUGGACAGCGAUGCGGUGAGUCCCGCCCGCUUGGGUGGCGGACAUCUUGGGAUGUCCCACUGUGGCGGACUCGAUGGCGAUGGCGAUAGUUCGCGGGGUGGCAGCUAUAUUGGAGGCGGCGGCAGCUUGGGCAGUCCCAGUUCGGUGGCGCCUCCAUCAACGCUGCACACGAGCAGCAAUGGAGCUGGUGGUGGCAGCGGUGCUGGCUAUAUGCACUCGGAGCAAUCCGAUGCCGGUGAGACGGAUGAACGCGAUUCAAAUGCACGCGACUCGGGCUCCCCCAAAUCGUUGCUCUUCCCCGCCAAGGCCUUCCAUCAACUCAACCUGCAGAACUCACAGCAUCACAGCGCAGUCGCUGCGACGGCAACGGCGGCUGCGGUCGCUGCAGCAGCGAAUCUUGUCCACCAAACGUCGCCCAUCAGCAUGCGGCGCAGCAAUCCGUUCAGCAUCGAGUCGCUGCUCUUCAACAACACGUGAGGCAGUCCAACUCCAGAUUUAGUUCCAGUUCCAGUUCGAGUUCCAGUUGCGAUUCCAGGUGCAUAUCGACUUGGCCUGGUGCUCGGCUCCAUUUACCAAGCCGUCUAGCUCUUUCGGAGUUGGCAACGCGGUCGGGUUUGUCUUUUAUUAAUUUCCUUGUCAUUCAAAGUAUGAGUUCCUAAAUGUUUUUGCUCAUUUCACGUUUUUUUGUUCUUUCUUCUCGGGUACUUAUCUCUUAAUAUAAUUAAAUCUAUUGUAAAAAUUAGUUUAUUUCCUUUCGUUUCUUUGUUUCGGCUUUAUCUUUAUCGUUUAUUCUGCUCU